GGUCCUACUGUAAUUGCUACACUCAGUUGUAACCACAUUCCUUCUCUAACUCUCUCAGUGUUUUCAAACUCAUAGCCCAGUGGUCUCUAAACUUGUGUCCUUUAGGUUUUUUGGAUUUCAACUACCAAACCCCCCAACCAUCUUGGCCAACAAACCAGAAUUCUGGGAACUGAAGUCCCAAACAUCUGGAAAAACCAAAUUUGAAUACCAAAUACAAUACUAUUCCUAUAAAUUAGAACUUAAGAAUUUGUUAUUAAGCAUUGUAUGUUUUGUUUGCUUCUGGGGAUGCUCUUUUGUAUUGAGCCCAUUUUAGGUGUUAUAUGCUGUGCAGCACAGCCCUGUAUGGAUGGGCAUUUAUGUCUAGCCCACGUGUUAAGCACUAACAAGAUUAUUAAAGUGCAUUAAAAUUUUGGGACUUGAUCCACGUUUUUAUUGUUACUGUUGUAUACUCAUAUUCUUUCUUUUCUCUCUCUUUCAUUGAAUAGUUGGUCAGUGCUUUCAGCCAAUUAACCUUUACCAUUGUGUGACAGCCAAAUAAGUUAACAGGACAUAAAUAACCUUUCAGAUAUUGAUUACAUAGUUUAUUUUUCUAGGAGUAUGAACUGCCUUCAUUUGUCUAUAAUAUUAUAUUUUAAAUGUUUUUAUGAAUGAACAUCAUACGUUUGUCUGAUGAUUCCAUAUUUUCAAAUCAUGUUUGAGGGUAGCAACAAGAAUGAUUUUGAGACCUAUUUCAUAGCAACUCCCUUUGGAUCUAAUUUUGACUCCUUGCUAAUGUAAGGUUCUAAGUAUAUUCUAUAAGUAAUCUCAGUGAUUCAAUGUGUGUAACCAAGUAAAACUGAUUCCUUAGUGACUAAAAGCAACAGUUGCUUCUUUCAACCCAUAACAGCUGCAAGCCCUGCUCUUCUUUCCAUACCAUCCAUCCGAAAUUCCAAUUUGUGAAAGUCUGUAUCUAUAUUUAGACGUCAAGAUUAAAUUACAGGACCUUCAAGCCGGGCAAAGUGCACUGAUCUGCCUUUUCCAGGCAGACCUAAGUACCAACAAGAGGGCUCUCUCUCAGCUCCUUGUCCAGAUCUCCCACAAAAUGGAUUCUCAAAGAGAACUCACUGAAGAGCUUCGGCUUUACCAAUCCACUCUUCUGCAAGAUGGCCUCAGGGAGCUUUUGGAAGAGAAAAGGUUUGUUGAUUGUUCCCUUAAAGCUGGAGAUAAAAGCCUUCCAUGCCACAGACUGAUUCUGUCAGCCUGUAGUCCUUACUUCCGGGAGUACUUCUUAUCUGAGCAAAGUGAGGAGAAAAAGAAAGAGGUAGUCCUUGACAAUGUUGACCCUCUCACCCUUGACAUGAUUGUGAAGUACCUUUAUUCUGCCAGUAUUGACCUCAAUGAUUCGAACGUUCAAGAUAUUUUUGCCUUGGCGAGCCGCUUUCAAAUCCCCUCCGUGUUCACUGUGUGUGUUUCCUAUCUUCAGAAGAGGCUUGCUGUAGGUAACUGCCUGGCCAUCCUUAGGCUGGGUAUUCUCCUCGACUGCCCAAGACUUGCACUUUCUGCUCGCGAUUUUGUGUCAGACCACUUCGUGAAGAUUUGCAAAGAAGAGGAUUUCAUACAGCUUGCUCCCCAUGAACUCAUCUCGGUUAUUUCACAGGACGGCUUGAACGUUGAAAAGGAGGAAGUGGUUUUUGAAGCCGUAAUGAGGUGGGUGAAAAAAGAUAAAGAAAACAGAAUGAAGACUCUUGGAGAGAUCUUUGACUGUAUCCGCUUUCGGUUGAUGGAUGAGAAAUACUUCAAAGAGCAUGUUGAAAAAGAUGAUAUAAUCAAAAGCAACCCCGAUCUUUCCAAAAAGAUCAAGGUAAUAAAAGAUGCCUUUGCUGGGAAAAUGCCUGAACCUACCAAAGGUGCAGGAAAGUCAACCCAAGGAGAGGUUAAUGGUGAUGUCGGGGAUGAGGACUUACUCCCUGGUUGUUUGAAUGAUAUUCCAAGGCAUGGGAUGUUUACCAAAGAGCUCAUUCUUCUCAUCAAUGAUACUGCUUCGGUGGCAUAUGACCCUACAGAGAAUGAAUGUUACCUGGCAGCACUGUCAGAACAGAUUCCUAGAAAUCAUUCCAGCAUUGUCACAAAACAGAAGCAGGUCUAUGUGGUGGGAGGACUGUAUGUGGAUGAAGAGAACAAGGAAGCGCCUUUCCAGUCAUACUUUUUCCAGUUGGAUACUAUCACUUAUGAAUGGGCUGGCCUUCCUCCACUGCCAUCAGCCAGAUGCCUUUUUGGAUUGGGAGAAUCGGAAAACAAAAUCUACGUAAUUGCAGGCAAAGACCUCCAAACUGAGGAAUCCCUGGAUUCUGUAUUAUGCUACGAUGCCACAGCAGUCAAAUGGAGCGAGGUCAAGAAACUUCCACUUAAAGUCUAUGGCCAUGCUACAGCUUCACACAAUGGAGCUAUAUAUUGCCUUGGAGGAAAAACUGAUGAUAAAAAAUGUACUAACAGAGUAUUCAUAUACAAUUCCAAGAGGGGAGACUGGCGUGACCUUCCUCCCAUGAAAGUGGCCCGCUCUAUGUUUGGUGUUGCUGUUCAUAAAGGCAAAAUUGUGAUUGCAGGGGGCGUUACUGAAGAGGGCCUCUCAGCUUCCGUUGAGGCAUUUGAUCUCACCACUAACAAAUGGGAAGUUAUGCCAGAAUUCCCACAGGAGAGAAGCUCUAUUGGUUUAGUUGAAUUGUCUGGCUCCUUGUAUGCUAUUGGUGGCUUUGCGAUGAUUCAACUUGAAACAAAGGAAUUUGCACCCAAUGAAGUUAAUGAUAUCUGGAAAUAUGAUGAUGAGAAGAAAGAAUGGUGUGGCAUGCUGAAAGAAAUCCGUUAUGCUUCUGGAGCCUCCUGUCUUUCUGUUGGCCUGAAUAUGUUUAAACUGUCAAAGCUGUAAACCAAAAGACUCACUGACUAAAAGUGAGGCUAUUGUGGCCUCUUGUUUUGUUGUGUAAACCUGCCCUGUACAGACUGAUAAGUAAUUGUAUUGACUGAACUGUUAAUAUAUCUGUCCACCAUGUGUAUUAACCUCUGUAGGUGUAAACUCCCACUCUGUUUUUACUAAUAGUUUGAAUUUGAAGUAAAUUCUGCUGUAACAAUGAAUAAAACUGAAUAUAAAUCUAAAAAUCAGCAUGGAAGAUUUGGCUUCUAUUGCUGUUACAUCCCAACCCAAAGACACCCCUUUACCCAGCCUCUUGCAAGGUUUAAAAAAUGGAAACAUUUAUCAUAUGAAAAAUAUUUAAUAUUCCAUGAUAGUAGUCCAUAUAAAAUAGCUUCAUGAUUGUGUAUCCUCUUCACGCAACACUAUCACAGCUUCUCAAAUAUUUUUAUCUUUAGAUACUCCAUCCAUGCAUCCUUUGAUGAUAGUUCCAUAGAAUUCCAUUCAAAAUGGGGGAUCUGAAAUUAAAUGAAGGGAUCUGAAAUUAAAUGCUGUUUAUAUUACAUUUUGUCUAUAUUAUCUAUCCAGUUAUGUGGUUAUCUUCAAUGAAUAGAUUCUACCACAGAGACAAGAAAUAUACCAGGACUAAUUAUAUUUUUAUGAAAUAAAGUAGACACUGUACCUGAACCACCUGGUAACCCAGAAUCUCCAAAUGUCUCUUUUUCAUAGCAGUUUCUCCCUUCUGGUGAUUUGAGUUUUUGCAAAAGGCCUUUGAAUCAAGAAAUUCUAUCGCAAUUCUGAAUUAAAAAAUACAAUACAGAACAUAUACAAUUAAAAAAACCUCUGUUAUGCUGCAUACAAUAACCAGAAAACAAAUCUCAUUCUUGGCUAAGGUGAAUCAUCCAGACAAUAGAGACAGGGAAGCCCUCAAUGCAUAUAUUUCCAAUUUCCACAAGAAAAAGAGAGAAAGCUAAUAUGUUUCACAUAAAAAUACAAAGAGACUAUAAAUAUUAUAUUGCUACAUGUCGGCAACUGUAAUAUUGUUAAACACUUCUGAACUCUGCUUUGCCCCCCAUAAACACUAAAAUUGUGUUGUGGUUUAAGACAAAACUCUUCAGUUAUAUUCUCUUAGCGAUUUCCCUCACAAAACUGCAUGUUCUUGGAAGCAUGUUUAGAAAGCAUGCAAAAAUGUGGAGAAACGUCAUCUACAUGCUUAUUACAGCGAAUUUAAUGAACAAAUAGAAGGAAGAACAUAAUUUCAUUUUUUGAUGGUCCGUGUUUAUUUUAUUUAUAACCAAUAAUGCUUUAAUAUAAUAUUUCUCAAGCAGACAAUUUUUAAUGCUCUGAAUUCUCUACGUUCUUUGGGUGACAGUCAAUGUGAGGAAGGUCUGAUUUUAGUUAUUACAUAUAUUAUCUUGAAUCACUUUUGGGUGCAGAAGCGACGUGAGAACAUACUGCAAGUUGCUUCUAGUGUGAGAGAAUUGGCCGUCUACUGAGAUGUUGCCCGGGGAUGCCCGGAUGUGUUGCCAGGAGGCUUCUCUCAUGUCCUAGCAAGCUAGAGCUGACAGAUGGGAGCUCACCCCAUCUCACGGAUUCGAACGGCAGCCUUCAGGUCACCAACCCAACCUUCAGCAGCAGUUCAACCAACACAAGAGUUUAACGCAUUACGCCACCCCAACUCUUUUCACUGGUUUACAUAUUUUAUUUCUGUGGCAAAAAUAUAACGAAAUGUGUGCAUGUAGGGGAAUUAACCAACAGUCUUUAUUUUCAGUUUUCACUUUGAUUUUAUAUUUCAGCUUGCCUUGAUUCAAGAACCUCACAGUUCCAUUAACAAACUUGGUUCCAUACUUCAACAAGCUUAGUUUUUUCCCAUCUGAAAUAUGGCUCAGGAGUAUGCACAAUUCCUAAGGUGUACUUUCCAGAGUAACUUGUAGUAGAGUCCUACUGAGAGCUCUCUUAGUCAGACUCAAGCAAAAAGCAAUUUCACAUUAAGACACGUUUAAACCAACUUGCAUGCAUCUAGAAUGGGUAGGAAGGAAACCCUGUUUUUCUCAAUAGGCAUAUAGCAUACUAGAUUAGAUGAACAACAAGGUAUAGUAUUUUCUGCUGAACCGUUAUCUAUCUCUGAUUAGUGGUCACUGAAAUUCUUCUGCUUACUAGGAACAAGAACAAUCUGGCAAGUGAAGUAGAAUGGAUCUCCAUUCCCUAAAUUUAUUUUUUCAAAGCUGGUGUAUGUCAAUAUGAAAGGAGAGGAAAUACUGCAUGUAAAAACCCUACAGAAACUAGAAUAACUGUCAUGGUAGAAGAAAGACAAUCAUAAGUAUAGCAGGCAGGUAUUGGGGGGAAAAAGCUGCUUGGAACAGGCAGAUUUUUCCCUGUCUUCUCUUACUAGAAGAAAUCAGAGCAGCCCCUUUAUGCUUUUCAGAAAAGGUGUGAAGACUUUUCUGUUCAACAAAGCUUUUAAAUGAUUUUAUUGAGUCCUUCUAUGGUUAUUUGGGAAUUUUACAUAUAUUUUAUUGAAUCCAAUUUUACCACCUUUUAUAGCUUUAAUUAUUUGUAUGGCUUUUAUUACUUUUAUGUCUUGUUUAUGAAUGGUUUAUGUUAGGAUAAUGUUUUAACGAUGUUGUAAGCCGUCUUGGGUCAAACUGGAGAAAGGCAGAGUAAAAAUGCCUGAAAUAAAUGAACACUUCACUUGCACAAUCCUGAAGAAAGGGCAAUCCCUUGUGAAGGAUUCCAGGCUGGAAAAGCAAACAUCUAUGUGUUGUCUUCUGGUGUGUUUCGUGGUGUGGGGAGUUUUCCUUUGUGUGACAGAGAAGAAAAAACUUGCAUGCUACAGUGCUGCCCUUUCUAUUUGCACCAUCCAAAUAUACAAUAAAAGAUGUUAUCCCCAAGUGCCAA